AUGGCCACAAAUACAAUACGCUUUGUUGGAAAUCAUGAUAUCGCCGCAGAAGGAAAAUUCCUUUGGGAAAUUCUUGCACAACUGAGAAAUUUUGGAGUUGGACGAAUGGUUACAAAAAAUGAAUGGGGACGAAAGUGGCCGAAUCAGCCAUCGUAUUUAAAAAUUGUCAAAGCGGAACCGGCUAUGGAUCGGUGGCUUUUUGAAGGAAAACUUUAUGCUGAAUGGGUUUUUCGUGGUAGAAAUCUCGGAGUCUAUGAAUUUUCAAAGGAUUUAAAUCGAAGUGACUUUCAACUAAUCCACAAACAUCAAGAAGAAGCCUAUAAGAAAUGUGCGGAACCAAUGAAAGAGAUUGUGUUCCCUGAUUCAUUUCCACUUCCACCACUUCAAGUUCACCUAGCUCAAAAGAAUGCUGCGAAAAACGGUCUUGACGAGAAAACUGUGCCAACACGGGCUCCUCUUACAUUGUGCAUUGACGACGAAUUCAAACACUUGACACCAUUUUUCAAACAGGCGCCCCCAACAAUACUGUCGAAUUCGAUAUAUGAAGAAUCAGACAAAGAUGCUAUUUUGGAUUUGUACGGAAAAGAAUUACCAGUGAAGGUUGAAGCUUGGAAUAUCGGACCAGCACAUUUCAAACCUCGAUUUAAUGCAACUCAGAUGCGCGUUGAAGAGUCUUCCCCAAUGUGA